AUGAUGACCCAGGAGAGCACAGUUGAGUGCGACAUAAACAUUUACUGCGUUGUACCGAGUCACCUGGAGUCCGAGGAUGAUUGCAGCGAGAAAAUGUGGCAGGCAUUUAAUAAAUGCAACGAGCUUAGUUUGCGUCCAGAAUGGGUUAGCGAACAGUUUUGCUGUAACAUGAAACCACAGAAAAACGAUGUAUUUGUUAUAGAAGAAUUUAAAGGAGAAACGUUCGAGAAACUGAAGAACUUUAAAUGCUCCAGAAUAGUAUCACCAAAAUGUCUACUAAUUUGUUUUUUAAAUGGAGAAUCAAUACCAGAAGGAAACAGUCCAAUUUAUACGACAUCCAUGAGAAAAAUGUGCAUUUCUGCAUCAGGUUUUAAUGUAGAAACUAAGGACUGGAUACAACAACGAGUUGAAUAUAUGGGAGGCUUUUUCACGAAGCAAUUAAGAAGUUCUGUCACGCAUUUAGUGGCAGAUUCUGUAAUGUCUGCAAAGUACGAGAAAGCUGUUGAAAUGAAGAUACCAAUUAUGACGAAAGAAUGGAUAGAAGCUGUCUGGAAGGCAAAUUUGAAGGAGGUGAUUAAGGCUGAUGAUAAGAUUUUUUAUAAAUACAAAUGUCCAGUUUUUAUGAAUCUAGUAGUAACUUCAACAAAUAUUCAUAAACGUCAAAAAGAAGAAAUUAAACGUUUGAUACAUAACCAUGGAGGAAUAUUCAUGGGUCCUCUUGAUGGAACGAAGGUUCGAGUGGUUCUAGCGUCCGAAAAUGGUCCAUUAAGCGAUAAAAUAAAAUACGCAAUGGAAAAUGACAUAGCUUGUUUAAAGCUUGAUUGGGUACAUGAAAGUAUUAAAAUAGGAUGUGCUCUACCUUUUCGUAACUUUAUUAUCAAAUCUGUAAAAGCGUGUUCAACACCAGAAAAAACAAAUAAUCAAGAAUUGCUCAAUUGUUCUGAUAUUAGCUGUAUAGAACAUCAUGAUAAACGUCACACUAAUUAUAUAAGUGAAACUUUUACUUCAACGUUAUCAAACUGUUCCAAUGCAGAUGCAAUAAUUAAUAAAAUCUCGGAUGUCGUUAAGUUAAACGUAUUGGAUCGACUCACUUUCGGCGAAGCAAAAUCAGCUGGACCAUUUCUGGACGGAUGUAAUAUUUAUCUUGCUGGAUUUAUAACAAGUGUCAGAGAUAAAUUAAACAGAAUAUUAAAUGUUGGCGGUGCAACACGUCUUGAUGAUAUAUCGGGUGCUGUGACGCAUGUAAUUGUUGGCGACGAGAAUAAAGCAUCCGCAGAACUAAAAGCGAUGAAAUCAAGAGGUUUAUGUCCUUACAUAUUGAAUGUGGAAUGGCUGGAAGAGAGUAUGAAAUUAAAACGGCCUGCAUCAGAAGAACUCUUUUUGUUUGAAGCAAAGGAUGCAGUACCUAAGAAAAACAUUGAGACACCUGCUUCACCGCUCAGUAAAAAGAAUUUACAAAUGUUACAACAACCAAAAAGAUCUCUGCUGCCUUUGAAUUUAGAGAAAGUAAUUCCACCCGUGAAUGAAGAAGAGCAACCUAAUCUUGUGCAGCAAUAUUUGCAAGAGAAUAACGAUCGUAGUAGUGUCCAGCAUGAAUUCAUCAAACCACUUACACCCAUUUUGAAAGAUAAAGACGAAGGGAAUUUGAGUAAAGUGAAAAGUGCGCACACCAGUGAGAUUUGUAUGUUGGAUACAACAAAAAAUGUAGGAAAUGAUAAUACUGUGCUACUGAGCCAAAGCUAUACGGUGAAUGAAAAGUUGUUCAAAGGUUUAACGUUUAUCGUGGCUGGUUUUGAUGGCGAGGACAAUCAUAUAGAGGAGACAAUCAUAAUGUUGGGUGGGCGCCUAGCCUCAAGAACCUAUAGCGGUAUCCCAGAUUAUGGCAUUGUGCCUAUGGAUGGAGCACCCUUAUUAAAACAUACAGUUAAUGAAAUUGUGAACGAUUUAUUUGUCGAAGAUUGCAUAAAUCGGGAGGAAGUUGUGGACAUUAUGUAUUACCACAGGCCAUUAUCUAUUAGAAAACCUUGUAAUCCAUUAUCAGGUUGCGUCAUAACGAUGAGCAUGUAUACGGGAUCUGAACGAAUGUAUCUUUCGACACUAGCUAUGAAACUUGGCGCUAUAUGUCAAGAUAUGUUUGCGCGAAAAGCUAAUGCAGAGAAAAAUACACAUGGCAGUACGCAUUUGGUUUGUCCGUCCCCAGAAGGAAAUAAAUACAACGCGGCUGUGAGAUGGCAAUUGCCGGCUGUCACAGCAGACUGGUUAAAAACCUGCGCAGAUCAAUUAACACUGGUAGAUGAAACUCCAUUUCUUGUCGGAGAAACGAUAACACCAGUUAGAACGAAUAGUAGUGAAGCGAAUAUCUCAUCUGUUGGCGAAAGAUCAAGUCCAGCAGACGAAAUUACACCAAGAAUGAUUAUUACACCAAAACGUCAUUUAUCUCAGAUGAAGGACGCACUCUCUGUCGAAACUCCAUUGAUAAAUAAGAGACUCAGUCUCGUAAUGAAUCAGUCGUCGCCGUCACCAUUUCAUGUGUCCACUCCGGAGAGUCCAUAUGGACAGGUCUUUAAGCCCAAUCCUUCGCCUGAUACUCGAAAAGGAUGGAUUAAAUGGAUAGACAAUUUUCCUGAUUUGCAAAUAGAGGAACCGCCGUUAAAACGACGCACACCUAGCACUCCGCUUUCAGAAUUAAAGAGGCAGUUGUGGGAGAAAAUAAAGAAUCCAGAUCAAUCUGAAAAAGAACAUGAAUCGAAUCCUACAAUAGGACACAAUGAUAAUAAUUCUUUUUCGAAAAGAGCUGAAGAGGAAUCUAACAUAACUGCUUCAUCAUCAACCAUCAUUCCACCUAUUAACCGAAAGCUCGACUUCGAAGAACAAAACAGCCCAAUGUCAAAAGAAAUAAACAUGCAAAUAGCGCAAUUGGAUAAAGUGCUUCAACGAACGUCAAGUACUCCUGAAAAUAGAUAUUCGUUAUCUGGAGAAAAUGCGAAGAAGUACAACGAAACUUCCGAUCAUAUACAAAAAUGUAUAGUGAAGGAUUCGCAAGCUAUCGACGCCAUUGUAUGGGAGGAUCCGGAUCACCCAAAACGAUCAAUCUUAGGUAAACGGUCAAGUAAUGAUAAUAGUAAUAUAAUUCAAGAAGAAGAACAUAUCGUGGAAGACGCCACAGAAUCGGGACCAUUGGAAUGUGAACCAUUGGCAACACGAAAAUUUAUGCUGUCGGGUAUAAAGGAUAGAAUUGUGUACGAACAAGUGAUAAGAGAUUUGGGUGGAGAUGUAUCUACGGACGCAAAUUUUGAUAAUAGUGCCACACAUCUUCUAUGUAUCAGACUCUCUAGAAACGAAAAAAUGCUUGGCAGCAUAGCUUCUGGAAAGUGGAUCCUGCAUUGCUCGUAUCUACAAGAUUCCAAACGAGAAGGCAGAUUCCUCGAUGAGGAAGAGUACGAAUGGGGCAAUCCAAAGAGCAAAAACAAAAUUCCAGUAUCAAGUGGUGAGCUCGAAAAUGCGAUCGGAGCCGCGAUUUACAGGUGGCGAUUAAAAUUGCAAAAAGAUUUCAAUGGCCCAUUUUCAAACAUAGUAGCUCUGUUAAUGGUCUCAGAAGAAAAAUAUGACCAAUUUAAAAGACUAAUCGAAGCUGGCGGUGGUUUAGUCAUGCAAGCAAAACCGCCUUACGAUGCCAGUCCGUCUGGUCGCAGAAUUACACACUGUUUCGUUAAUGUGAAACAGGUAAACCAGCCUAUAGACUGGGCUAUGUUGGCUAGCAAAGGCAUCCUCUGUUUCUUACCGCAAUACCUCAGCGAUUAUUUAAUCGCAGUGACGCCGCUCAAUCCGCGAGACUGUGUACUUCCAGAAUUCAAGAAAUAUCUGGCGCUACUGCCCAAGUAGUCAGACUGAGAUCAAAAUUAUAAUUAAAUUUAGAAAUAAGAGCACAUCUUGUUGGUUCUAUAAAAUACGUGAGAUACAUACACAUAAUAGUGUACAUACCAAAUUGAUUCAUUAAAAUAAGUGAGAUAAUAUACAAUAAUGUACAUAGUAAAUUCAUAAUCAUCAUCA